AUGAUAGUGCAUGACGAAGAUCUCCAGCAGGCAUUAGAGUGUGCCUAUUGCCUAGAGACGUGCAAGGCGCCCUAUCGUCUGCCAUGCGAACAUUUCUUCUGCAAGGAACCCUGUUUGCAGAAGUUGCUCCAUGUUGAACAACCAAUCUGCCCGUUGUGCAGAGAAGUCUUCUCGGAGGUGGACGUGAAGCCGUUUCGCUUAGCCGAUAAUCUCCUGGAACUUAUAGAGAAAGCCAAGCGAAAGCGCAAAGUUGAUUUGCUAGAAAAGGAAGAGGGUGAAGUGGAUUUGCAAGAAAAGGAAAAAGGCGAAGUUGAUUUGCAGGAAAAGGAAAAGGGCGAAGUUGAUUUGCAGGAAAAGGAAAAAGGCGAAGUUGGUUUGCAGGAAAAGGAAAAGGACGAAGUUGAUUUGCAAGAAAAGGAAAAGGGCGAAGUUGAUUUGCAGGAAAAGGAAAAGAGCGAAGUUGAUUUGCAAGAAAAGGAAAAGGGCGAAGUUGAUUUGCAGGAAAAGGAAAAAGGGGAAGCAUCAAUAUGUCCGAUCUGCUUUCGGCAGGUAGAAACCCCACUGCGGAGGUCGGAGCUCUUUUCAGAACUAGUGUGUGAAGACUGUUGGAGUUCCGGUGAAAUGCUUCGUAACAUUUCUAUAGAGGAAAUUAACGAGGAAAAAAUAAGGGAUAACAAUGACAACAGAGGAGAAGGUGAAUCACAAAAGAACCAACGGGGUGAGGCAGCAGUUUGUCCCAUCUGCAUCCACCUGGCAAAAUCGCCGCUGCGGAUGUCGGAACAUUUUUCACAGUUGGUGUGCGAAGACUGUUGGAGUUCGGGCGAAACGCUUCGUAAAAUUAUUAUGGACGAACCCAAUGGGGGAAAAAUAGCAGGUAACAGUAACGUCAUUAAAGAAGGUGAUUUGCAAAACAGCCGACAGGAAGAAAAUGCCUUUUGUCCAGUUUGCCUCCGACUGGUAAAACCGCCGUUGCAGAGAUCGGAGUUAUUUUCUGAAAUGGUGUGUGAGAACUGUUGGAGUACCGGUGAACUUCUUUCUAAAUUGGCUAUCGAAGAAACUGUGAAGGAUGAAUUAAGGGAUAACAGUAACAUAGCUGAAAUUGCUGUACCAAAAACCACAUAA